AUGACCGCGCCACCUUGCCCGCCUCCUAAGACAGCCCUUGGCAGACAUCGUCUCCUAUCACCAUCUGCAUCUGUUUAUGUCAGUCCCCUGUCCUUGGGCGCCUUGAACUUCGGAGAAGCAUGGAAGGACAAAUUCGGGGAGUGUACCAAGGAGACUGCAUUCGAGAUGCUUGACUUCUUUUAUGAACAAGGCGGGAACUUCAUCGACACUGCCAACAUGUACCAAGACGAAGAAUCGGAAAUUUGGGUCGGCGAGUGGUUGGCAAAGCGAGGUCUGCGAGAUGAUAUGGUUAUUGCAACCAAGUUUUCUUCCGGCUACAAGGUGCAAUCGGAUAAGACUCGUAUGCAGAGCAACUACGGUGGCAGUGGCACUAAGUCACUUCAUCUCUCAGUGGAGGCAAGCUUGAAAAAGCUUCAGACAGAUUACAUCGAUAUCCUCUACGUCCACUACUGGGAUAUGGCCACGUCAGCAGAGGAGCUUAUGCAGAGCCUUAAUAUUCUAGUACAAGAACGCAAGGUAUUGUAUCUUGGUAUCUCAGAUGCCCCGGCGUGGUGGGUCGUCAAGUGCAACUCGUACGCAAAAUGCCAUGGCAUGAGGCCAUUUUGUGUGUACCAAGGAAGGUGGAACGCGGCGAUCCGAGACAUUGAGAGGGAAAUCGUUCCCAUGUGCCGUGAUCAAGAUAUGGGACUUGCUGCCUGGGGCGCGUUAGGCGGUGGCUAUUUCAAGCCCAAGAGUCAGCGUGGCCAAGCUGGCGAUGGAAGAAAGACCGGCAUCAAAAACGGACGUGAAGAACUGGUAGCUGAUGUUCUUGAGAGAGUAGCCGAGCGCCUGAGUGUACCCAUGACGAGUGUGGCCAUGGCCUGGGUGAUGCAAAAAGCCCCUCACGUCGUGCCAAUUGUGGGUGGUCGCAAGAUCGAGCAUCUCCGAGGAAACAUUGAGGCACUCGGUCUUGAGCUAUCGGAAGAGGAUAUUAGAGAGGUUGACGAGGCUUACUUGUUUGAGCCGGGGUUUCCAUUCGAUUUCCUUGGAGGGGGAAAGAUGCCGCAUGGACCAGAGGACGUCGUGUUUACUCAGAGGUUUGGAAACUUCGAUUACGUGGCCAACGCAAAAGCUAUCAAGCCGCAUCGGGGACCCUUGAGUACACACGGUCCAAAGUGGCAUUGA